UUGUAGUUCAUUUUCAUUCAUGUUUUAGUCGUCACACCGUCCACAACACUUCCAGUUUUUAUUCAACAUCUUUUGCAUUUUCCUGAGCAAAAAAAACACAAAACAAAAUCAAAAUGUUGGAAGAAGAGCGAGGAGAUCACUCCACCAUCGUGUUUAAGUACUGGCUGGUCUAUCAUCUGAUCAAGUUGAGAUUCAUGGCCGUUGCUGAGCAGCAGAAAAAAGAAGAUGGCAAGCGACAGCGAUGGAAGUUGCACGAGCCGCUGAAGCGGAUAGUGCCUCAGGAGAAGAAACAGGAGAAGCCGCAGGAAAAAGACGAAGAGCAGCAGCCUCAGGAGCCACAGGCGAAGCCGCAGGAGGAGCCUCAAGAGAAAGACGAAGAGCAGCCUCAAGACAAGUCUCAGCAGAAGUCUCAGGAGAUGCCACAGGAGAAGCCACAGGAGAAGCCACAGGAGAAGCCUCAGGAGAAAGACGAAGAGCAGCCUCAGCAAACGCCAGAGGAGGAGCCACAGAAGGAGCCUCAGGAGCAGCCUGAGGGAGAAGACAAUGAGCACCUACAGGAGCAGCCGCAAGAGGAGCAAGAAGCUACACUAUUGACUACCCUUCGCAAUAAAUUGAUACCAGCGGCAAUGGGACUCACAGCUCUUUGUGUCAUUAAGGCAAUAAUCCACUAAUUUUCCAGAGAUCUUUGACAGAAAUAUCCAUGCACCACUUUUGAUAAAUAAAAUUCUCAGUCUA